AUGAAACUCUACGCCAUUGGUGACCUUCAUGUGGGCCACUCGUUCAAUGCCGAGGCCCUGAAGCAACUCAGACCACAUCCUGAUGACGGGCUCAUCUUAUGCGGCGACAUUGGGGAGACCAAUGCGCACCUUGAGUUAGCUUUUGACGCUGCUACCAAGAACUUCAAAGAUGUUUGGUGGUGUCCGGGAAACCACGAGUUGUACACGAUGACAUUACACACCGAGUUGAGGGGCGAGGCGAAGUAUGCCGAGUGUGUCAGAAUCGCACGCAAGUACGGUGUAACGACGCCCGAAGACGAGUUUACCUUGUGGGAGGGUGAUGGUGAAGCGGUUAUUGUUGCCCCUAUCUUCACGCUCUAUGACUACAGCUUCCGUCCUCCUCACGUGAGCAAAGAGGGCGCCCUCGCGUGGGCUCAGGAAGCCGACACCGUUGCUACAGAUGAGUUUCUCUUGCAUCCAGAUCCCUUCCCAUCCCGUGAGGAAUGGUGUCACGCCCUGGUCGCCAAAGCAGAACAGAAGCUAGGAGAAGCUAACAACAAGGACCUGCCAAUGAUCAUUCUUUGCGGCUAG